UGCUCAAGUUCCGACUAUUUACUUUAAUAAAAUUUAAACAACGAACGCAAAUUACAUAUUUUGCUUUUAAAAUCGACUCAAAAUAUUUUAAUGCAAAUCUAGAAUAGAUUAGAUUGUUUCCGUUUUUCAAUACUAGUGCAUUUUCUCAGCCUAACACAGUGAUUCCAUUUUGAUGCGUCUAAUCGUAACAAAAGGCGAAGGUUUUCCUAAAUUGGCUCUUUUUAGUGUGUGUGUAUGUUUAAAGCGAAAUACGGGUACAACAAAACCGUAAAAUUCGAAUUGCACAGCGUAUACUAUAUGUAUAUGCACCGACUAUAUACCGACUGAUUUCGGCGAAAUUUGGCAUGUGUUCAACUUAAAAUGACGCAUCUGUCGCAGAUGACGUUGCUGAACAGUGCUGGCCCCUCUGCGCUGCUCGUCGCAGUAUCAUAACGGCAUAGAUAUGUUUCCGUUUGUUGUUUGUGUGCGCUGACUCGAAUAUUUUUAUUGUACUCGUAUAUAUAGUACUACUUGGUAUGCACAUUAUUACUUGAAUAAGCAAUAAAUUUAAUUGAGCGAAAAGGUUCGGGCGCCUAAAAUUAUGCAAUGCAAAACAUUUUCAGUGCUCAGUGUCAUUUGGUCGUUUGCUAAGUGCCCUGCCGGUCGACACUGAUUCGCGCCGCUGGACUCGGAAUUUAUUAAGAAAAAAAUCGCAGCACUACGCAUUCACAUACAAACACGCACACACUCGGACACACUGCGAGUCGUAUUAUGCUGGACAAACACGCACACGCCCACACUGCUCGUCCUUAGCCGCCACCACACCGCAGCCGUGACAAGUACUUGCAUGCGUGACGCCGUUCACACACGCACCGCAGGCAAGUUUUUUUGCGAUAAAUUGCUCGUAAACGCAUUCCAAGGAAUCUCGACGGCAUUGUCGCCCUGCCGCCUGUGCUCGCAUUUGACACGACACUUAAGCCCAUCCAGCGGCAGUCAGCUGUCGCUCAGUCGGUCGGUUAGCCAGUCUGUUGAGGCAUCUAAAGCUUCUUGAUUUACUUCUCAAAUAUUUACACACGCACAAGUCGGUCGCCGUUUCGCCAAGAGAUGUUCAAGAAAUGGGUGCGACGUGUCAGCUUCAGUGCCACACGUAGCUUCUCAGUGGAAACGUCAUCGCCUACAAACGAAAAUGCACCGGACACAUUUCCACCGAAGGGUAGUGCCUCGGCGGACAUGAGUGCAAAAUCAUCGAUCGUCGAUCGACUAGAUGAUUACCAGACAGCACUGUCUACUGUUUCGGAAAGCUUACCAACCGGUUCAUCAACAACUGCUGCAGCAUCUGCGCCACGACGAAGUGGCGAUGCAACAUUCCAAAAUUACGGUGAGGAAGGCUCCAUCGAUUACGAUGCGCUGUACGAGGAGGAGGAGGACUGUACAAUCAGUAUGGAAGCGCACGGUUCGAUGAUUUCCCAUCUCAUAUCCCAAGUGAAGAUUGGCAUGGACUUGACCAAAGUCGUAUUGCCCACAUUCAUUUUGGAACGACGCUCAUUGCUAGAGAUGUACGCCGAUUACUUUGCACAUCCGGAUCUAUUCCUAAGAAUUGCCGAGAUGGAAACACCUCGUGAUCGUAUUGUUGAGACUUGUCGCUGGUAUUUGAGUGCCUAUCACGCUGGUCGAAAAAGUGCUGUCGCCAAAAAACCUUACAAUCCCAUAUUGGGUGAAGUUUUUCAAUGCUAUUGGGAUAUACCAGGUGAAGUACCCGACGAGACUGCAGUUAGUGACGGGCCGGUGCCCUGGUGUCAUCGCAAUCAACUGACGUUCUUGGCGGAACAGGUUUCACAUCAUCCGCCAAUUUCCGCCUUUUAUGCUGAACAUGUUAAUAAGAAAAUUACUUUCUCCGCGCAUGUUUGGACCAAAUCGAAAUUUCUUGGCCUUUCCAUCGGAGUGCAUAACAUCGGCGAAGGUAUUGUUACACUGGUAGACCAUAGUGAGGAGUAUAUAGUAACGUUUCCAAAUGGAUAUGGCAGAUCUAUUUUAACCGUCCCAUGGAUCGAAUUGGGUGGCACUGUGGAAAUACGUUGCCCGCAGACAGGAUAUCAUGCUACAAUUGAAUUCUUAACAAAGCCAUUUUAUGGCGGCAAGCGGAAUAAAGUGACUGCAGAGAUAUAUGCACCCAAUGAGAAGAAGCCAUUCGUGUCAAUAGCUGGAGAAUGGAGCGGUCUUAUGGAAGCCAAAUGGCAUGAUAAAAAUAAAACUGAAGUAUUCGUAGACGUAAAUCGUAUUCCAAUAUUUAAGAAACAAGUUCGACCAAUCGUUGAACAAGAAGAAUACGAAUCCAGGCGUGUGUGGAAGGAGGUGACAGCGGGACUCAAAUUUAACGACAUCGAAAAAGCCACAAACGCCAAAUGCGCAGUGGAACAAAUUCAACGUGACCAAGCGAAGAACAGGAAAGAGACAGAGAUACAGUGGGAGCACAAGCAUUUCCGACCGGUUGGUGAUAACUGGAUCUACACAAAGCCACUUAGCCAGCGCGUAUACCAACAGGAAAAGGAGAGCAAGAGAUAAUAAAGAAAUGUCGGCAAUCAUCCAUGAGGCACCCCAAUACCGACGACGACAAAUGAAGAGAGGGAAGAGGACGAAGAGCAUCACUGCAAACAAAAUCGUUAAGUGGUGUAAACGUUUGAGGAAAAAUCUGAUAAUGUUGGGUGGGUGGAGAAUGUGAAACUGAAUGAAAAAAAAACCAAAACC